GAAUAAUGUGAAGGAACGAAGAUUAUGCUUUGAAUGGUUUUCUAAACCAAAGCAAGGAACUACUAGUUGAGUGCAGACGAGUUAAGGGAUUCAGAGAUCAUGAGAGUACAUGUAGAAUCUCUAAUAUCUUUCGUGUUUUGGAAAUUUUGGAAUCUGUUUCUCUAUUAUAAAUACAUGAUUUUACUUUUGAUCUUCACAACAACGCAAGCCUUUUAGCAUUCAAUCCAAACCUCAAUCACUUUCAAACCAACAAAAUCAAACACCAUUCGUUUCAUUUUUCUUGUCUUUUGUUCCCUCUUUGUUCUUUCCCGCACACACCUUUUCAACUCACCGAGAACAAAUAAUGGCUGAACGUGUACUCUUCAAUAUUGCGGAGGAAAUAGUAAAGAAACUGGGUCCACUAGCUACCCAGGAGAUUGCACUGUGGUGGGGUGUCAAAGAUCAGCUAAGCAAGCUCAAGAGCACGGUUACCAGAAUUAGGGGUGUCCUCCACGAUGCUGAGGAGCAGGUGCAGAAACCACCCGCUCAACUUGAAGACUGGCUUGGGAAGCUGCAAGAAGCCGUCUAUGAUGCUGAAGAUUUGCUGGAUGAUUUUUCAACAGAAGUGCAGCGAAAAAGAUUGAUGUCCCGAAAUAAAAUAUCGAGGGAGGUACGUACAUUCUUCUCAGGGUCAAAUCAACUUGUGUAUGGUUGGCAGAUGGGUCAUAAAGUUAAGGAACUUAGGCAGAGGCUAGAUGAAAUUGUUUCUGAGAGUGAAAAAUUUCACUUUGAGGUUCGUUAUGAGGAGAAAGCUCCUUCGACUAUGAUUAGAGAGCCAACUACCUCUUCUGAACCUGAGAUAUUUUUCGGGAGAGAAGAUGAAAAAAAGAAAGUUAUGAGCUUUCUGUUGAAUCCCAACGAUGAGAUUGAGAGUGUUUCUGUCAUCUCAAUAGUUGGAAUGGGCGGAUUGGGAAAGACCACAUUUGCUCAGAGUAUUUUCAAUGAUGAACAAGUUAUUUUGCAUUUUGGUCUGAAACUCUGGGUCAGUGUCUCGGGUGGUUUUGAUGUCAAAAAGAUACUCAAAGAUGUAUCAGAGGCUGCAGGUAUUAGUCAAGUUUCUGAUCAGUUAGAGAGUCUGAAAAAUGAACUUGAGAAAAAAAUAGAAAAUAGAAAUUACCUGCUUGUAUUAGAUGAUGUGUGGGAUAAUAAGGAUGGUCGAGAUGGUGAAAAGUGGGAUAGUUUGAAGCAGUCCUUACCACAUGAGGCUGCUAGAGGAAACAAGAUGAUAAUAACUACACGUUCUGAUACCAUUGCAAAUUUAACAAGCAAAAUACCACUUGCGUUAAAAGGCCUUUCUAAAAAGGACUCGUGGUCUCUUUUCUCAAACAAGGCUUUUGGUCCAGGUCAAGAGUCAAAUUUCAUAGACGAAAAAAUAAAAAAAGAGAUUGUAGAGAGGUGUCAGGGAGUUCCUUUGGUCAUAAAGGCAAUUGCGAGGUUAAUGUCUUUGAAAGAUAGAGCCCAGUGGUUGCCCUUUAUCCAACAAGAACUUCCAAAUAGGGUCAAAGAUGAUAACAUCAUAGAUACCCUCAAGUUAAGCUACGAUCCUCUUCCAUCAUAUAUGAAGCAUUGCUUUGCAUACUGUAGCUUAUUCCCGAAAGGUCAUGAGAUAGAUGUCAAAUCAUUGAUUCGACUUUGGAUUGCACAAGGGUUUAUUAGCUCUUCAAAUUUGGGUGAGUGCUUAGAAAUUGUUGGUCUUAGGUGCUUUGAGAAUUUACUGUGGAGGUCCUUCUUUCACGAAGUGGAAAAUGAUGAAUUAGGUAAUAUAAAAAGUUGCAAAAUGCAUGAUUUUAUGCAUGAUCUUGCAACCCAUGUCGCUGGUUUUCAGAGCAUCAAAGUGGAGCGUGGAGGAAAUAGGAUUAGUGAUUUGACUCGGCACGUGUCAUUUGAUACGGAAUUAGAUUUGUCUUUGCCUUGUGCAAAACGUCUAAGAACACUUGUAUUAUUGGAAGGUGGCGAAUGGGAUGAGGGGGCAUGGGUAUCAAUUUGUCGAGACUUUAGGCGUUUGCGUGUGCUUGUUUUGAGUUAUUUGGGAAUGGAGGAAGUGUCACCUCUCAUUGAAAAGAUCAAGCACCUUAAAUAUCUUGAUCUUUCGAAUAAUAAGAUGGAGGCACUUCCUAAUUCUGUCACCAGUCUGGUAAAUUUGCAAGUGCUGAAGCUCAAUGAUUGUUUGAGCCUUAAAGAACUACCAAGAGGUAUUACUAAGCUGAUCAAUCUGAGGCAUCUUGAUGUUGGCUGCACUCUUGAUGAUGAUCUAUGUUAUAAUUUAGAGUAUAUGCCUCGUGGGAUUGGGAAAAUAACUAGUCUACAGACGUUGUCAUGUUUUGUGGUUGCAAAAGAAAAGAGUCCUAAAUCUGAAAUGAUAGGUGGAUUGGACGAGUUGAGGAUGUUAAAUGAAUUGAGAGGAAGGCUAGAAAUAAGAGUAAAGGGAUAUGAGAGGAAUUCUUGUAUAUUAGAAUUUGAAGGAGCUAGAUUGAUAGAUAAAAAAUAUCUUCAGUCGUUAACCGUAUGGUGGGACCCAGAGCUGGAUAGUGAUUCAGAUAUUGAUUUGUAUGAUAAAAUGUUGCAAAGCCUCCAGCCAAACUCGAGUCUUCAAGAGCUGAGAAUUGAAGGCUACGGAGGUAUGAGGUUUCCAAGUUGGGUUUCAAAUCUCUCAUAUCUUGUAAGGAUUGGUCUAGAUGGUUGUAGCAGACUUCAGCAUAUCCCUCCCUUACAUGGAAUCCCUUCUCUUGAAGAAUUAAGUAUUGAGGGAUUGGGUGAUUUGGAGUACAUAGAUAGUGAGGGGGAUGGAGGAAGAGGAGCGUCGACGUUUUUCCCAUCCUUAAGGAAACUUCGUAUCUCUUAUUGUGAUAGACUGAAGGGAUGGUGGAAGAGAUGGAGUAGAGAUGAGAUGAAUGAUGAUAGUGAUGAGUCGACAAUAGAAGAAGGGUUGAUAAUGCUCUUUUUCCACGUCUUUCCACGUCUUUCUUCCUUGUUCAUUUAUAGAUGUCCAGAUCUGACUUCAAUGCCGUUGUUUCCAGCUCUCGAUGAAGAUCUUCGAUUGACCUACUCUAGUUCAGUGCCAUUACAGCAGACAAUGAAGAUGACAUCACCAGUCCCUUAUUCUUCUUCUUCUUCUUCUUCAUUUAUCCGCCCUCUCUCCAAAUUGAAGAGUCUAAGUGUGGGGUUCAUUGAUGACAUGGAAUCUCUUCCGGAAGUAGGGCUGCGAAAUCUCUCUUCUCUUCUACAGCUACAGAUCUACGAAUGUCCAAGAUUGAAGUCUCUGCCACUGCCUGAUGAGGGGAUGCAUUCUCUUCAGAGAUUACGAGUCUCUUCUUGCGGAGAAUUGAAGUCGCUAUCUCAAUCUGAGUCUCAAGGGAUGAUACCCUACCUUCCCUCUUUGCAACUCUUGCUAAUCCAUGACUGCAGUGAAGAGGUGAGCGGAAGAGCGAGAGGAUGGGGAAAGGAGAGGGAGGAGGAGUGGCCUUCUAACAUUAAACACAUUCCAGAUAUUGUAAUUGAUGGCUACUACAUUCAAAAGGAGGGUCGCUAUGUAAAGGGUGAAGGAUUGAGAUGGUACUACCACUAAGGAGUAUUUUCACCGAACAUACAAACACUUAAGUGUAUGAAAGGUAUGGUGGUUGGACUGGGUUUGAUAAAUCCGAAAAGGUAAGUAAUGCUGGGAUCGUCAUAAAGGAUGGAACAAGCUGGAUCUGGUACUGUACUGAAGUUGUCUCUUAAUGCCUUUAUGUUCUUGCUUUAUGGAGUUUAGUUGAUGAACAUGCGUGUACAGAGACUAAAUUUUAUUCCUAAAUAAUAACACCUUUUUCGCUGCAUGCAUUUGACAUUCUGGUUUUCUUUCCAAUUUCUAUUUUGCUUUAUGGAAUUUAGUCGAUGAACAUGUGUGUACAGAAACUAAAUUCUAUGCCUAUAUAAUAAAUCUUGAUCCAAUCCAAAUUGCAAAAGUUGGUUUUGGUUUGUGUUUAAUACUCUUAAAAGGGCCAAAUGAGAAUUUGCAAAGUGGAAAUGGAGACAAUAUAGAGUGUGUUUUUUUUUUUUUUGUCUUUUUCAUUUCUCCUUCCAAGUUUGAUGCUAUUUUCAGGCCCUUAACAUUUGUGUUUAACACUCUUAAAAGGGCCAUAUAAGAAUUUUUCCAACGACAACCAGUUGUUUUCUCAUUGAGGUAUGUCAUGCUUCCUAAAGCUGUUAUUUUCUUGAGGGAUUUCUUAUUCAAUUUGCAAGUCAUUGUUGUCACUCUACCAGGUUUUCUUACGACACUUGUGUUUAUGGGGUUUUGCAGGCCUGUGACAAACUUUGACGAAAUUUGUUCACACUUCAUACAUUCAAUGUACAUUCCAUUUACAGAACCAAAUUGCAGGCAUUGAUCUGACUGCUGAUAAAUCAAGAAAUAUUGAUAAGAUGUCUAAAGUUGAUAACCAAUAAGCAUCAUGUGCAUAUCCAGUGUUUCCCUGUUGGUUGAUUAUGUGUAUUUUCUCUGGUUGAAGCUGCAAAGUAAUACUUUGAUUCAUGCUCCGAUGGUAGAAUCAUCAGUUCCCUCAUGUAUGGUAUGGAUCAAGUAGACAUAAGACAUCCACAUCAAACCAUGUAUUAGACUAAGUCGACUUCUUUUAUUUCAAAUCUUUAAUUUUCUAAACAAGUAAAGGCCUCACUUUUUAAAAUAAUAUCUUUAAAUGAAAUUAUCUUAAUUCAAAAACGUCAAGUGAAAUAAUUUAAUAUUCUGCUAUCUAAACAAGCAAAGGCUUCUCUUUUUUAAAUAAUUUAUCCUUCUAUCUACAUGGUUGGAAAAUCAAACAAAUCAAGGGAGAAUUGGAAAACAUGACAUUUAUGUUAUUUUAUUUUUUAUACUGGUAGUGAAGAAAUGGUACUGUAGUUUUUAAGAGGGCCAAUGAGCAUCCUGACAUGGUGAAAUCUAACCUGUUGACUAUACUAUAGGGAUGUAAUGUAUGUUCUUCUUGAUGGGCACUAGAUCAUCACUCAAGAAAGGAAGCGCUUAGUUUUCUCUCUAAGGUAUGGUUUUCAUGAGCUUUGUAUGUAUAUGAAGUUGUUCUUUUGCAGAGAUUUCUUAUUUAAGUUGGCAAGUUUUUGA